UCAAUGUCAUACACAUGUGUUCAAACUUUCAAAAACCAAAAUUUCAAAUUUUGGUUUUUUUUUUUCUUAAUAAUUAAUUGGGUAUCAUUAAUUAUCGCAUUAAAUUCAGUGUUCCAAGUAACGCACUGUACGUCUUCGGAGUUCUUAUGUUACAAGUAUGAACACAGCCGAGUUGCAAGUUAACUUUUUGAUCAAUGCUUCUUCUGCUUUAUCACAAAUUCAAAGAAAAGAAACACAAAUAUUAAGGAGCCACUACUUUAUUUUUUUUUACAGAUUAAAAUGUAGCAAAUUAACAGGUUACUCCAGAUUGCCACAGAAACAUUUUUCACAAGAAACUAGAUGUUCUCGGUGCCUUAUAGAGUGGACACAGAAAACUGAUAUAUGGGUUAAACCAAUAAAACUAAGCAAAAGGCAGAGACGGAGAAUUAGAUCCAAAGGGAAGGGUAUUAAAAAUAAGCCUGUAAAUAAGGAAUAUUUACUACACAGCAACAUUAUGGAAAAGGUGUGUUCAUUUUGCAAUCACCCAACAAAAACACCAAUUGUCAAACCAAACGAAUCCUACAAACACACUUUACAAGAAAACGCUUGCAUUGAAAGCCCUAAAGUACUUAAAAAACUAAGUAAAACAGAAAUAAAACCAAGUAAUAUUAACAAAUACCAGUCCAAUGUGUAUUGUGAGUCAAAAGAUGCAUUUUCUUUGAGCAAACAGAAUACUCUUUCUAGUCAUAUUAAAGAACCAAAGAUAAUAAUUAAAAACAGUAAGAAAAAGAAAGAUAGGUUUGCUGGAUUGUGUCAAACUGCAGUUAUCGCUGCAGCUAAAAUAAAACAGGAAAAGGAUAAGCAAAAUAAAUUGAACCUAUUUCUGAAGCCUUCAACUUAAAGCUAUAUUUCCUAGAUUUGGAGUUCAUAAUUUUAUGCUAUGAUGAUGCUGUAAGAGAUGUAAUAAGAGGUAGGGAUACAAAAAGUGUGAUACCUUCUAAGUUCCAGCUUAGAUGGCAUCUUCACUUGCUAUCAGGUGAGACUGCAGUUCUUGACUUCUUUGAAACAAACAUUUUUUAACUAGGUUCUUAAUAUUCUAGCUAUCUUUCGUAAUUUAGAUGAACAUAAAAAUCAAGUUGACAAUUUGACAGUAGUCUUAUAUGUAGUUUUAAGUUUUAACAGUAGUGACAUCCUUUAGUAUAGUAUUAUUGUAUACUAGUGAAUCUAAUUUAUUUUUAAAAUAAAAGUAAAAUAUUGCUUAAAUUGUAUCUGUUAUGUAUAAUAUUGUUUUUUUUUUUCUUUAAGAUACAUUUUUUUAAUGAAAAUAUUACAAUAAAACUUAAAGCUAUCCUUGUCUAAUUACUAUACAAAUCAUGCCCGCGUGGAAUGGUGCCAAGAAUACUGGCUGCAUUUCCACACUGGACAGCCAGGCUGAUCCAUUUUGCAAAAAAAUGAGCCAGCCCUUCUGUCACCAAUGAGGCUUUCUUCUCUCUGGGCUGGUUGUGCGUACUUGAUGAGGCUAAUAAACGUGGUGAAAUGUCUUAUAAUUUUUUUCAUUUAUUAUUAUGUUGAUAUUGUAUUACAAUUAAAUGUAUAUCCAU